AAACUCCUGAUCCACUUCGCAACAUUGAGGAACUUGUUCCCCUCCGAGUUUCCACUGAAGCGGCGGGGACGUGGGGUGCAUGGGAUGGGGUGAGGUGAACGAAAGCGGACAAAGAUGUGAAGAGAGUGGGAGCUGUGAUCCAGAAGAAUAUUAUCUCCUGCUUUCAUGAGAAGGAAAACAUGGCGAACUCAAGUUCUCCGCACGAGGCUCCUGAUUUGACCUCCGCUCACCGGGCGGAGAUCCUGGAAACCCCACUGCGGACCUACGUCCUGGGAAUCAUCAUCGCUAUAUGUGGGAAUGUCCUCAUCAGCAUCUCACUCAACAUACAGAAAUAUGCCCACGUCCGUCAGUCUCAGCGUGGCUCCAAGCCCUACUACACCUCCCUGACGUGGUGGUGCGGUGUGGUUCUCAUGGGCAUUGGGGAACUGGGGAACUUUGCUGCCUAUGGCUUUGCCCCAGCAUCGCUCAUAGCCCCACUGGGCUGUGUGUCUGUCAUAGCCAGUGCUGUCAUCUCUGUGAUCUUCCUCAAGGAGACGUUGCGGGCCUCUGACAUUGUGGGUGGAACCCUGGCAAUAACAGGAACAUAUCUCCUGGUGACCUUUGCCCCCCACACUUCCACACACAUCACAGCCCAUCUGGUCCAGUACUAUAUCGUCAGCUGGCACUUCCUGCUUUACCUUUUUAUAGAGGUCAUCGUCUUUUGCAUCCUGCUCUAUCUGUACAAGAGGAGGAACCUGAAGCACAUUGUCAUUGUGAUGUUGCUGGUGGCUCUGCUCGCCUCUCUGACCGUCAUCUCAGUCAAAGCCGUGUCAGGGAUGAUCACAGAGUCGAUAAAAGGCCAGCUGCAGCUCAUCUACCCCAUCUUCUACGUAAUGCUUGUCGUCAUGGUCGCCUCCUGUGCCUUCCAGAUCAAAUUUCUCAAUCAGGCAAUGAAAAUGUUCGAUGCCACAGAGGUGGUUCCCAUCAACUUUGUGUUUUUCACCGCGAGUGCCAUUGUUGCAGGGAUAGUAUUUUACCAGGAGUUUGAAGGCUUGGCUUUACUCAACAUUUUUAUGUUCCUGUUUGGUUGUCUUCUGUCUUUCCUUGGAGUUUUCCUGAUAGCACGAAACAGGCCGAAGAUAAAGCAACAAGAUCGCAAUUUUAUCGCAAUGGACAGGAUCCCUGGCAGAAGAAACACAGUCAAAGUGCAGCCUGAGGCAAAGACUCCGACAUACGGAUCGCUGGCAGCCAAACUCAUGUGCAACAGAGCUGGCCAAACAGACGAUUCUUAGGACCAGCUCCAUCUGUCGGGACAGUAAUUUUGGUAGAUUUGUGUGUGUGUGUGUGUGUGCGUGCCUCUUCCUGGGUACUUCAAUAAUAUCUCUAUUUGUAGAAAUAAAUGGUAGGCAGUGAUUCAAACCAGUGCCAGCUGAGCACCAGCAUCAGUGGCCAUAUUGGUGUUAAAUUUCUACGCCAGAAAUGUGGAGUACCUCUCUCAAAAGAGCUGUAUUUAUCCUAGAGAACUUUCUGUUUCUCUUGUGUUAACAGUAUUUUCAGCAGGGUGGUCGGUAACACCUGAGAAGAAAGACUGAGAUAAAACACCUCAGAAAAAAGACCAACAUCAGAUGCCUUAUUAGCAGCAACUUUUAAUUUGAAAAUGUCUAGGAGGCCACUGUGACAAAUGCCUCCCAAUAAAACAUAUGAAUUAUGUUAACCAUCUGAAUAAAUUGGUCUGUGUGAUAAGUUUCCUGUCAUAGAGCAAAAUAAGUGCACUACUGCCCUCUAAUGGUGAAGGAAGCUCAAAGAUGACCAGAUGACUUGGUAGGUUAUGUGUUAAUCUGAGUACAUUUGAAAUGACAAAGAGAAAAGCAUUACAGCAUUAGUUAUAUAAACAGUCUUUCAUGGCUCAUCAGUUAAAAUUGCUCACAUUUAUGUCUCUGGUUUUAAUUUGUGAGUGAAGCACUUGAGCACACGUCAUUCUGAAAUCCCUUUCCAAGAUAUUCUAAUAUAACUGGUCUAAAAAGCACUAAUGCAGGGCCUGGCCGCCCAUCCUUACCUCAAAUAAACCUCAGACUACAUACUCAAUUCAACUGCUACCAAACUUUAGUGUUGCCAAGCAACAAAACUCUUAUCUGCCACCUACACAUUAUGGGAUGUGUGGAAAACCACUGUUCACACCAGUGCACCUAUAAAAAGAAUGAACAUUAAAGUAUCAGUUGUUUCAUGCAUUUACUUUUAAAGGGGCCAGACUUUACUGUGUGGAGGUUAAAUUAGUACAUGUGCUGUUUUUACGCAGGUGAAGGUGACAGUAAUUACACGUGCAUGGCAUAUUCUGUGAAGUGCAGUAUUUUAUUGCUUUACGUUUGAACAAAACCUUUUCAGUGCUGUGGCAUUUUCAAAUAGAAACUGACACGUUUCUGAAAUUCAAACCCAUUAAUUUGACUUUUUAAAACAAUAGGAUGCCACCAACAUAAAUACUCUCGGCACCGUUAAGUCUGGAUAUUAAAGGAUGUACAAUAAACCAUAAAUUAAUACCUUUUGGAAACCCAGUUGAUAAAAGGCUGAACUAA